AUGAGGAUGAGCUGCAAUGGGUGCAGGGUGCUUCGCAAAGGGUGCAGUGAGAAAUGCUCAAUCAGGCCCAGCAUUGAGUGGAUCAAAUCCCCUGACUCUCAAGCCAACGCCACUCUUUUUCUUGCCAAAUUCUAUGGCCGCGCAGGCCUUCUCAACCUCAUCAAUGCCGGCGCCCAACACCUCCGCCCUGCUAUUUUCAAGUCACUUUUGUACGAGGCUUGUGGACGGAUUGUGAAUCCGACGUUUGGGUCGGUGGGUUUGAUGUCGUCCGGGAGCUGGGCCCAAUGCCAAGCAGCCGUUGAUGCAGUGCUUGCAGGGUCGCCCAUCGCCGGACUUGAUGCGGAUGCGCUAAACCUUAUUCCCAGUCCUCCUAACAAAUCCGGCGACAUACGCCACGUGUUCAGGGACUCGAACUCGGGGGCUUCUCGUAACAAAGUUGCAACCCGGAACAGGUUCAAGAGAUCCAUGAACAAGUCCAAAACCCAUCCUGGCUCGCUCACUGAUUUUGCAACCGGGUCACAUAUGGCUCAAUUUUGUAACUUUCCUGACCCGGAUGACUUGUGCCCGAGUCCGGAAGGAAAUGGGGCUGGCGGAGAUUAUGAUGGAGAGGUUGGGUUGGAACUGACUCUUGGAUUAGUUCCAAUGCGUCUUAAUUAG